GUCCUGGACGUGCUGCUGCUGCUGCUGCUGGAGAGAAACAUACGCGACCUGAGUGACCGCCCUGAGCAAACAUCUCCUCCGCCUUCCAGACACAGGCACCUCGCUGCAGUCCCUUAACCCAUCUUCUAUGAAAGUGACCCUGAUAGAGCGGGAGAUGUGUGGGACUAUGAAAAACCAUUUGCAUUUCUCUGUGGAGAUUUGAAUUCUGGGACGCUGAGUAGACAACCGAGAGGAGGUCUCUGAGGAAGAUGCUGGGCUCAGAGCGCGGAGUUGUCGAAGAAUGGCUUUCCGAAUUCAAGUCCUUACCAGAAACCCACAUCCCCAGCUACGCUGGCAGCCUUCAUCUCAAAAAGUCUCUGGUGCCCGCGCUCUACAGAGUCAUCCAGGACCCCAACAACGAGCUGCUGGAGCCUGUGUGUCACCAGCUGUUCGAGUUGUACCGCAGCUCCGAAGACCGCUUACGCCGCUUCACCCUGCAGUUCCUGCCUGAGCUGGUGUGGGUAUAUCUGCGCGUAACUGCUAGCAGAGAUCGCCAGAGCAAUGGCUGCAUUGAGGCCCUCCUCCUGGGCAUGUACAACCUUGAAAUUGUGGAUAAAGAUGGCAACAGCAAGCUCCUCUCCUUUACAAUCCCAUCUCUGUCCAAACCGUCAGUAUAUCAUGAGCCUUCGAGCCUCGGGUCGAUGGCUCUGACUGAGGGAGCCCUCUGUCAACAUGACCUGAUCAGGGUGGUCUACAGCGGCCUCCACCCUCAGAGGGAGACCUUCACUGCACAGAACAGGUUUGAGGUGUUGUGUUUCCUCAUGCUCUGCUACAACUCUGCUGUGGUCUACAUGCCCCUUUCUUCCUUUCAGUCCGUCUGCAGGAUGAGCUCACGGUUGUGUGUAUGCGGUUUCCCCCGGCAACAACAGAAACUUUGGAGAGAGCCUUGCAACCGUGUGCUGCUGGACCCCGAGUUCAUGGUGCAGAUGCUGACAGCAGUUUAUCACGCCAUAUACAACGGGGAGUGGGAGAUGGGACGAGAAGCUCUGGAGGACAUUGUGUACAGAGCCCAGCUAGAGCUUUACUCCCAGCCUCUCCUGCUGGGUAACGCCAUGAAAAACUCGCUGCCAGAAAGUGCUCCCGAGGAGUCGCCCGGGCGCAAGGUGCUCCAGGUGGAGGUGACGCCCACCAUCAGCCGCAUCUCCAUCUCAGCAAUCACCACCGCCUCCAUACGACGCCACCGCUGGAAGAGAGAGGAUUGUUUUGACUACUCAACCGAAGCAGAGUUGAGCCUCAACGUCAGUCAUCCUAGGCUCGCCCAGCACCAGCACCACCCUUCCUGGGAACCUGCAAGUAAAGAGGGGAAAGGAGGGCGGCAUCACAGCCACCACAGCAGCAGCAGCAGCAGCAUCAUUCCCCCCAUCACUCUCGAGGAUGCCGACGGCAUGAGCGGUGGAGAGGAUUCCUUCAACAUCAAUGACCCGGACGAGGGUUUCUCCUCGGGGGCUUCCAACAGCAGCCAGCCCAGCGGCAGCAAGGCGGGCGGCAGCGUGGGGGCGAGGGGCAGCAGCCUGAACAGUAGCAGUAGCAGCCUGAAGAAGGCCAUCACAGCCCGACUGUCGCGCGACCGGGAGAAGGACCGGGAGAAGGACAGGGAGCGAGAAAGGGAGGCGGAAAAACAGGCAGAACUGUCCACAGAUCUUCAGGCUGCUGUGAAGAGGCAUCACCAGAGGCAGCAGUCCCCCCCACCCAGCAUCACCCUGGAUGCAAUCCACCUCAGUCCCAUCAAGAAGCACCUGAGCUUCCCUGUGGCGCCCACGCUGGUUCGGACUGGCAGCACCUCCUCCAGCAAGUCCAUUGACUGCAUGAGUUUCAACGUGAAUGGAGGCGAGGACGAGCGAGGGGAGGCGGCGGGAGGCUCCGACAAAGAGGCGGGGGUUCUUGCCGGGGGCCCCCAUCGUCACUCCACCAUAAGCUUGCAGGAGGAGCAUCUGAUCAGGCCGGAGGAGGCCCAGGACCUCCUGUCCCCCGGAGCUCCUCUCACCAAGCAGUCGCGCUCCCCAAGUUUCAACAUGCAGAUCAUAUCACAGGUCUAAUGUGCGGUGCAGGGAACGGUGGAUACACAAACAACUGUUCAUAACAUCCUCAUACUUUUUUUUUUUAAAAGCUCUACUAUGACAACUCCUGUCCAUCUAUCUGCGUCUGUUUGUGUGUUUGUGUGUGUGCAUGCGUGGAUGUGUGUUUUAGGAUGGAGGAAGAGAUCUUCAGAUUAUAAGAGCUUCGUCUUUUGUCUUUUUAAACAUAUAUUAAACUGUGACCUACGGUCGUAGCUGGAACACGGCAAAUGGAAGCUAAUAAUGACCUCCCCUCUGCUGUAAGAGGAGUCCAGCGUGUUGCUGCAUCCUCCCAUCUGACCAAGCUGAGCAUUCCACACACAAGUCUCCUCCGAGGGAGGAUAUGACGAGACAAAAAAUUUGUAAGGAUCCCUCGUUGGCUGUAGGCCACGUGUGACAUUAGAGGUCGUUUUUUUUUUUUUUUUUUUUUUUUUUUUUUUUUGAGUUCGUGACUGAAUCAGUCAAAAAUGAAUCAGCAAUAACACGUCGCUCAUGUGGAGAAAAGUGGGGAUUUUGUUGCUCUUUCUCCUCAUUUCUUCCCUUUCAUUCCCAGGGUCAUGUGCAAUCACUCUUUGCUGGUUUCCUCUCAUUUUAAUUGCUGUUUUCAGUUAGCCAUACAUGAUUUUAUGAAUACUUUCUUUCCAUGUUUGCAGACACAAUCCAAAGAAGUGGGUUUUUGUUUGUUUUUUUAAUUGAUUUCAGACUCAGAUGAUUCUUUAGAUUUCAAAUUAAUUAAUCUUAUAAUAAUAUUCUAAUUUAAUUUGAAAAGUCAAACUUUUAAGAUUGUAUUCAAACCAAACUGGAAUGUGGCAAGAACUGAGCUUGCCUGAAGCUUUUAACUGGACAAAUCUGAAGAAAUCUUUACUGUGCAGCUAUAAAAGGAAAGACUUGUUUUGUGACUUGAAUUCAAUUCUGAAGCUGAAUCGUUUGGUUUCUGCGUGACACUGAAGGCAAUGACUGUGUCUUAUAUUUGGUUUCAACCCGUUUCAUGUAUCCAAUCUUAGUGUGGUUAGUGUGUUGAAGCUGUGGCCUGUGUGUGUGUAUGUGUGUCUUCACCAUCACGUCACAGCAGAUUAUAUGCUGCCCUCUGGUGGUUUAUAAUAGCAACUGCACCUCACCAGGCUCAUGACAACCGUCUCGUGUUUUUACCUGAUCACACACUUUAAACAUGUUGUGUUUGAUCACAUUGUGUGUUCACCUGCCGCUCAGAUAAAUGUGUCACAGGAAAUGCAAAAUUUAAAACCUCAUUGUGUUUGAAACUGCAGUAUUGACCCGACCAGAGGAGUUUCCUACUCCAGCUACAAUGAAAUGAAAACUGCAUCAUGUGAGGGGUUGUGACCGACGUCAUCGCUUUGCAGCACUACAGAGAUUUUGCAUUUCCUGUUUUAUAUCAAACAACCACAUUGGGAUUAACCUGUUUUCGGUAUUUCAUUUUUUUAAUGAAUGCUCUGUAAUGUCCUGCUCAUCUUUUGCUUUUUUUUUUUUUGUGUGUGAUGUAAUGAUAUUGAAGUGCAAUUUUCUUAGUCGUCACGCGCAUGGAAUUCUUCUCUGCUUUGAAAUGCCUGCAUUUGUCCACAGUGCUGCGUAGCCUUGUGUAGUGCCCCCCACUCAGACUGAUGGAUUUGAACACGGCAUGCUCGUCUGUAGGUUUUAGUGCCCCACAAAGCUGCGCCGUUUCAGUUCAAUGAAACGGCCAGCGAGCCAAACACAAGUCCUGCAGUCCUGUCCUCAUCUUAGCCAGAUGUGCCAAUACACAUCCUUAAGCUUUUUUUUUUUCUUGCCCUGGUGUCUUAUCUCAAUUGCUUCUCUUAUUUUAAAGCUGGGGACCUCAAACACCUGUUUUCCCAUAGAAGCAGCUUCACCUGUUUUUUUUGUUGUUUUUUUUUUUUUUUCAACUAUUUUUGCCAUUAAUUUAUUUCAGGUGGGUGUACGAGCCCCAACGUUUUCACCAUAGUUUCUUAGCUCUGCUAAAAUCAGUAUAUUACGCGUCAAUCUACUGUAGAUGUCAGCUGCUCUAUUGCUCACGUAUGAAAAUGAAUGACUAAUGUAUAUAUUUAAAAAAAAAAGAAGAAAAGCAAUCAGUUCGGCUUGCAGUGAAAACCCCACACACUCAUGCGGCUGCAGCCGCUCAGUCCCGGUCCUGAGUCAAUCCCAUUUGUGCUUUAGCCUUAAACGUUUCAGGCCAAAAAGCCUCCUGUCUCCGGCUGUUUGGCUUCGCACGCUCCUCCACCUCCUCCUGCUGGACUGGGUCGUGGAAAAAAGAAGAGCGAGUUCAGGCUCUCACCUCCUCUCGUCUGCUGUCAUCCCUGUGACAUGUGCCUCUCAGAGAGCUGUGUGUUCCCAUUUGCUGUAUUUUGCUGUGAGUCAAGUGACACCUUUUUGCUGUUUUUUAAAACUGGUGAUGUGUUCAUGUCAUAUAUGAGUAACCUCCCACCUCCCUCCCUCCCUCCUCCAAAACCGAAGUUACCAGCUGCCACGUUGGUACUGUAUGUCGACUUUAGAGUACCAGAUAUCCCUCGGUGUGUGUGUGCUGUUAUUUGCAUGUGAUCGGGUCGGGAAAUGAACACCAGCCGGUGAUUGUCAGUUCAGUUUGUCUCGGGUUUGACAGAACAAUAAGCUUUUUAAAACCUCACUCAGUCCGUUUGCAUUUCAGGCAAAACCUCCUCCGUUAGGUGAAAAUGUCUCACCAGAUUCGUCAAUCACCGCGGCUGGUGGGGAAGGUUCAUUUCUUGUCCUGCAUGUGAUAACUGUGGGCUUUGUUUUCAUAAAGUAUAUGCACUUUAAUCCAUCCACCUCUCUACAGAUAGUUACUAAAAUAACAUAUAUAGAUGUGCAACAGUGUAUACACUCAGUGCAGGGUUUUAGUCUCUUUAAAGUAGAACUCCUAUGGGAUGUCCCAUCCAAUACAAGGCUAUUUUUGUUAAGUUCUAAGGGUACAGCUAUUUAUUAUUUUUAUUUCAUUUUAUCUUUUCAAAACCAAAAAGUGAGAGGGGAAAAAGAAAUUAUAGGGUCUGGAAGGUCUCAGGAGUUUAUGGAGAAAAAAAAAAGAAGCCACAUUUCACAAAUGGCAGCACCAAAAUUUCAGUUCUUGACAUGAUUGAUUCUAUGCAACAUUUUGUUUCCCCUUUUUCUUUAUUUGAAAUGUAUUUUGGAGUACACAGGCUUUCGUUGAUUCUUGUCAGGUGGGAGGGGCUACAUGCAUUUUAGCUGGUUUUUAAAGAGUCCCCCAUUCAGUGAUUGUGUUCAUACACACUGCUGUAGUGCUACCAAGCACAGGAUCGCUCAUGUGGGUGGAAAAAAAUAAAUAAAAGAGGACCAUCAGUCUAUCAUGCAACUGCCCCCCUCCCUCAGAGCGAAAGCCACACCCAGACUCCUGGUGCAUGUCGAGCCCUCCUGUCAGUUUGCUGCUCUGUGGCUCGGUUGGUGUAUGAAAUAUAAACACAAUAACGGUGAUGAAUCUAAUCUGGAUGCUUCAAGGGAAGCUGCUGGAUCAUAACACUGUACUAAUGAUGAUGUAUAAAUGAAGAGAGACUUAUUUUAAAUCCUUGUAAAUAUAGAAAUGUACAAAGAUAAAAGCAAGAUGAAUAUAAACACUGAAGAUAAGUCUGAGAUGUAGAGAGAAAUUAAUCUGUAUAUUGUUAAAUAAAUAUUGUGCUGUAAAGGAUCUGAGUACAUCUGCUGUUUGUGU